UUUUUUAGAAAAGAAAAAAUGACCGAAUUAUUGUUAGACCCUUCUAUCCGAACUUGGGUAUUUGUGCCUAUUGUCAUCAUAACUUUUUUGGUUGGAAUAUUGCGUCAUUAUAUAUUUUUGCUUUUUUUGGGUAAAAAGAAGGGAGAUUUACAAUCUGUGAAGGAUGGACAUUUAUUGAUGAAAGCUAGACUUUUGAGAGAAAAUGGGCGCUUUUUGCCUUCAAAUUCUUUUGGAAUGAGAAAACAUUGGCUAGCUGAUGAACAGAAUGGACAGUUACUUAAACGUGUUGAAAAACAAUCGUCACAGCCUAAUCCUGCAUUCGAUCCUUCCAUGAUGACGGAAAUGUUAAAAGGCAAUAUGUUGAAUAUGAUCCCUAUGAUUUUUAUUGGUGGUUGGAUUAAUUGGACAUUUUCUGGAUUUGUUACAACAAAGGUCCCCUUCCCCCUAACCCUUCGUUUCAAGCCAAUGUUGCAAAGAGGAGUUGAUUUAAUGUCGUUAGAUGCUGCUUGGGUUUCUUCAGCUUCUUGGUAUUUUUUAAAUGUUUUUGGUCUUCGUUCGGUUUAUGCUCUAGUCUUGGGAGGUGAAAACGCGGCAGAUCAAAUAGACGAACAAGCAAUGAUGGGACAACCACAAAUGUCUCAAGGACAGGAUCCGAAAGCAGCGUUUAAAGCAGAAUGGGAAGCUUUACAAUUAUAUACACACAAUUUUAGUACAAAAUAA